GGGACCCUUAAUACACAUAUAUUUGGGUGUCAUUGAACCCAAACUCUAACUCAAACUCAGUUUCGCCCGUUGAACCUACGGUUUCCACUGUGUUCAAAAUCAUCCUUCACUGGGAAACAAACCAUAAAACUUCAUCACCUUCAAUACGUCGUCGUAAGCAGUUUAACCAGUUGAACCGCAAUCACUCAAGAAGCUUACGCUUCAAGUCCGUGCCCUCGAUCUCUUUUCUCCUCUUCAUCAACAACUCGCUCCUCCCGAUUCCGAAAGCAAGAAAAUUGGUGUUAAUGACAAGGUAAAUGCUGAGUGUGGUAGAAUUAAAAGCACUAGUCAACCUCCGCAACAGACAAAUUCUGCUACAAAGAAUCAGUAUUAACAAGCAGGGAGUUCUAACAUGCUUGCUCUUCCAGGAAUGAUCACGGUUUCCAGGGCAAGAAUACAGUAGUUGUUUCUACCUCUGGCUCAUCUGAAAGGAAUUUUUCAACAUCUGCUUUGAUGGAAAGAAUGCCAAGUAAAUGGCCACGACCUGAUUGGCAUGUGCCAUGGAAAAACUACAGGGUCAUCAGUGGUCACUCAGGAUUGGUGAGAUCUGUUGCAGUUGAUCCCAGUAAUACAUGGUUUGCUACUGGUUCUGCAGAUCGAACUAUCAAGAUAUGGGACUUGGCAAGUGGUGUUCUAAAGCUCACAUUAACAGGUCACAUCGAACAAGUAAGAGGCCUUGCUAUUAGCAACAAACGUACCUACAUGUUUUCUGCUGGUGACGAUAAACAAGUUAAAUGUUGGGAUCUUGAACAGAACAAGGUUAUUAGGUCUUAUCAUGGUCAUCUGAGUGGUGUUUACUGCUUGGCUAUUCAUCCCACAAUUGGCAUUUUACUUACCGGAGGACUUGAUUCUGUCUGCCGGGUCUGGGACAUACGUAGUAAAACACAGAUUCAUGCUCUUUCAGGUCAUGAGGAUACUGUCUGCUCUGUGUUUACACGGCCAACGGACCCUCAAGUUGUCACUGGUUCUCAUGAUUCUACAAUCAAGAUGUGGGACCUUAGAUAUGGUAAAACAACGUUAACUCUUACAAACCAUGAAAAGUCUGUUCGAGCCAUGGCUCCACAUCCUAAAGAGCAAGCUUUUGCAUCUGCAUCGGCUGAUAAUAUUAAAAAGUUCACACUUCCGAACGGAGAAUUUUCUCAUGAUAUGCUCUCUCAACAGAAAACUAUUAUCAAUGCAAUGGCUGUCAAUGAGGAGGGUGUUAUGGUUACUGGAGGUGACAAUGGCAGUAUGUGGUUCUGGGAUUGGAAGAGUGGUCACAAUUCCCAGCAAUCCCAAACAAUUGUACAACCUGGUUCACUGGAUAGUGAAGCUGGUAUUUAUGCUUUAACCUAUGAUAUCACCGGUACGAGGCUUAUAACAUGUGAGGCAGACAAAACCAUAAAAAUGUGGAAAGAAGAUGAAAAUGCCAUUUAAGAAACACAUCCCCUUAACUUCAGGCCUCCUAAGACCUAAAGACAUCCGCCGGUUCUAGUUAUGUUACUUGAAGAUCUUGAUGUACGACUAAUUUAUUCACACUACCUUUUUAACACACUUCUCAUCAUCUUUGUCCCAUUAUACUUGCAUAAAGAUUAUUACUGCGUAUGUAUUUCAAUAUUUAAUAGUUUUGCAAUUCACUUUAGUGAAUACAAUACAAAACCCUCAAAACACAGAAGAAAAAAAGUCGGACAUGUAUGAUUUGUGAUAUCGCAUCAUCAGUCAAGGUUUCAGUUGAUGAAACAAAACUCAUUGUGUGAACUGCCAAACAUAUAGCAAAAGAGUUAUUCAAAGUU